AAUUGGUAUGGCAUUGAAGCAUAGUUGAUAACAAACAGCCCGCCGUUUUAUCAUAAAUGGUUAAUAUUUACUAUUUAGCCACAAGUUGUGUCAGUUGACAGUUCUCUAGGUUAUGAUUUUGUAAGUUGAGACAAGUUUUUGUUUGAAUUUUAAUAAGUUUGAACCAAGAUGCUCUCUUUCCUCAGGAGCCUUGAGUUAGAUAGAUCGCAGCUUUACGGCAAGUUUAUCACAGUCCAUGAAGAACACGGUGGAGACGCCAGCUUUGCUUUAAGCUCCUUUAUCACAGAAUUCCUCGGUGAUAGAGACGCCUCAGUCCUGGUUGUCGCUUUGCACCACAACUUCGAACACUACUUUCACACUUGCCUCAGGCUCGGGAUGAACCUCAACAACCACAAGGAUAGGAUCGAAUUCGUCGAACCUGACGCUGUCAAACUUUGUCAAUUGGAAACUUUCAACGAAGCGGAUGACUUUAAAAAUUUACUGAAUGUUUUGAAAAACAACAUCAACAGGCUUGAACGCCAGAAGGGGAAAGUUUGCCUAGUCGUUGACUGCUUGACCGACCUGCUCGUUCUAUCCGACGACGCCAAGACGGUCAAGAUAUUCAUUCACUACCUGUACACUCUGCUCAAAGAUAAUCUAUGUAUAAUCGUUCUAAACCAGUACGCCCAAGGGGACCAGGCGGAAAUAAGCGUCAAAACGCAUUUAGAGAUGUCUUCACACCUGAACUUGUACGUUUCGCCUUUAAAAACUGGCUUUUCGAAGAAAGUCAGCGGUUCCAUGAGACUCGAAGCGAGGGGCGAUUCUAACCAGCUCAAUACCAAAUUCUACCAUUACAGACUAACGGACAAACAAAUUAAAAUUUUCUCACCUGGCAACAUUUCUUAAAUCCACUUCGAGAUACUAUAUAUUUAACUGCAUUCAUAUUUUAUUAAAAAUGUACAUAGUACACAUGUUUUUUUUUAUAUUUUUGUUUUAAUUAA